ACCAUAUAGGGCCACUAUAUUUUCCACAUGAUAUCGACAAUCAUGAUACAUGUAAUACAAUACAAUUCCUGGAUACUAUCACGUUCACCGUCAGUGUUAUUAUCGAGAUGAUAUGAUCAAACAUGGCGGGGGUUGAGAGCGUCGUACAGCUAUCCGUAUUAAACCACAUCAGUUCCUCUGCGCUUGUCGUUGGCGGAAUCACCCUUCUACUGUACCUGAUCUAUCAGGUCCUCUUCCAGGAGUCCAGGAACUACCCUCCAGGACCGUCAGGUCUUCCGAUCUUUGGGAACGUCUUGAGUUUGAUCCUCACCAAACGACAGCAGCAUGAAGUCGUGGAUGAGUGGAGUCACAAGUACGGACCCAUCUUUGCUUUUAAGCUGCUUGGGACCAGGGUCUACAUCCUUGCAGAUCCUGGUCUUAUUUCAGAGGCCUUUCAUCAGAUCCCGUAUAUCAACGACAGGAUUACUUUUGAAAUGGCUGACGACAAGACGGGCAGAGUGAAUAACGGAAUUGCGGCCUCAAAUGGGGAGGUAUGGAAGGAACAACGUCGAUUCUUCCUAAAAGUUUUCAAGAAAAUCGAUUCGGGUGUGAUAAGAUUCGAGGAAAUCAUCGGAUCCGAGGUGGACAGGCUGUUGAAAGAGAUUGAAAAUAAAAGCAACGAGAGCUUCGACCCAGCUAUCAGGAUCAACAUCGCCAUCGCAAACAUCAUCACCCGCAUCAUCACCGGCAUCAACUACGACCACGACGACGAAGAAUUCAAGCACCUCAUCGAAUGCUCGCACCGGAUCUACAAGAUCAUCGGACCGGCUGGUCUCUUCUCAAUCAUGCCGAUCCUGGCGAAGCUUCCGUCCUCGGCCAAGACGGAAAUCGUGUCCCUCAGCGUGGAGAUGCUUGAUGUGCUCCGGAGAUCCGUAGAGACUCACAAGGCUGAGUUCGACCCGGACAAACCUGGGACAGAUUUCAUCGGCUGCUACUUGAAGGAGAUGUACAAACGAAAGGAAGAGAAUAACCCAGGAACUUUCGAUGAGCUCAAUCUACUGGCUACCAGCUUCGACGUGCUCUUGGGUGGCUUUGAAACCUCUACAACCAGUAUCUCCUGGAUGAUAUUCACGUUAGCAGUUCACCCUGGAAUCCAAGAACGCGUCCGCCAGGAGAUUGUCGAUGUGGUCGGAAGCGACAAGUCCCCGCGCUUCUCCGAUCGCCACUCCAUGCCGUUCACGGAAGCGACGUUGGCGGAGUGCAUGCGGCUUCAUCCGGCGGUUGCGAUCCACGUUCCCCACAUCGCGUCGCGUGAUUGCAAGGUGGGCGGAUAUGACGUCACAAAGGGGAGUGCGGUUAUUGCCAACUUGUGGUACCUGUCGCGGAGCGGUAAUCUUUGGAAGGAUCCUCUAGAGUUUAAGCCGGAGAGGUUUCUUGAUGCAGAAGGGCAAUUCAACAAGAAGCUGGAGCCGCUUCCGUUUGGUUUUGGUUUGCGAGUUUGUCCCGGGGAGCACCUUGCUCGCAUGGAAGUAUUCUUGUUCAUGACCAGCCUUCUACAGCAUUUCUCGCUCACCUUGCCAGAGGAUGCACCGACAAGCAUCGGUGGCAAGCACGGUCUUACCAACAUACCCGAUCCUUUCAAGAUACACGCCAAAAAGAUUUGAUGGAAUCAUCGACGUGAUUGAAAUCAGCUGCUAUUCAUGUAGAUAAUAGAAUAAAAAAUAUAUUUUAAAACAUUAUUCUAUUAUAUUAUUUACAUAAUGUUUGUGUUAAAUUGGUUUUAUGACGGGCUAAGAAUAAUUGUAGAUUUUCUGUGAAUAAUAUUAACAUCAAAAACAAAUAUAGCAAUCCAAACAAUAGGACCUUAGCUCAAAGUAAGCUCGAAUCUUGGCAAAUUUGAUCAGCAACAUGUAACAGUUUUCUUUUUUUUUACUACAAGAGGACCCAUAUGCCCGUCAUUGUGUUGGUUGGAGUGACCGACGUCCAUGACGUCAGAUCAUGUCUACUGAAGUCGACUUAUCACCAUUUCAAAGUUAUCUUCCCAAGUCGACUCAAAAGUUAUGUCGUCAUGGUUACCAGGCAAGAUAAUUUCGUCUCGCCUUGUCGACCUCAAUAGCUGAUGAGUCGAGAUUGUUAAGACUGUGAAGUCGACUUGUAAAAUAUAUCACUAUCUUGUCGAAGUGAGUGGCGCUAAAAGUUUUCGUCGUUUAGCUUCUGGUCAUGCCUGAGUUACACGUGGUUGUUUGAUUAAUGUCGAUGCCAUAAUUGCCAUAUGCGAAAGUUCCCGGAUGAUUGCCCCGAUCUAUAAAACUAUAAAACUCCAACUUUGCCAUCAAUUUGAGCGCGUGGCUCCUAUUGUUGUUAUCAUCAAGAAGCAAUCAUAAAGCCUACAAAAGACCACGCGACAUCAUACCACGGUAUUGUUGAAGGCUCAAAUGUAUCAAUCGAUACGCUUAGAAAGUCAAAAGGAAAGCUGUAAGACUUCUUGCAGACUCAUUAUUUUGCCUCAAAGUAGACCUUUGAAAGGAACAAGAUUGAUUUCUUCGAGAAAAUAAAACAAACCCUUCUCCAGAGUGGUUUUAAGAGAUGAAUAGCCGGUUAUCCGUUUUCGAUUGCUACGUCAGUCGAUCAAUAAAAAAGCGCGGGGUCAGACCGAGAAAGCGCGCCAAAUUUAGUUCAAUUUUUUUUGCUACCAACAUGUCUCUAAAAGAUAGAGGUUUUCCACGCGGGUAAUAUUCAUUCCACAGAUGUGCUGUAAUCGCCUGAUAACUUUGUACAUGAUAUAUGAUGUAAUGUUGUUUGCAAUAAAAUAUGUGAGACAAAAUAUUCCAUGUUACAUUACAUUGUAAAGGCUUUCUUGAAAUGUGCCUAGAUUCAAAUCAAACACAUAAUUAUAAAGUGGCACUUGGACGAUAAAAGAUUGCGUUUUGGAAGGAAUUAAUUUGAACCGUGAAACAUCACUUGGAAUUGUACACAAUAGAGCAAACGCUAUAAUCGCUUGAUUUGUCGAACUUCAUUCAUAUCAUCAUUAUCUCAUAUAUGUCAUAGUUGGCAGAGUUAUGCACUUGUAUGAGUGUAUGAAAGGGGUCACUUGUGACGAGACGAGUCAUUGAUCACGUUACCUGCUUGCUCUGAAAACAUCGGAGCAAAUGAUUUGAAGAAAAAACAUCGUCAUCCAUUCGUUUUCAGUGGCGAGGCGAAGACCCGAGCGACAGACGACGAUCAUCAUGACGAUCGUCCUUCAAGAGAAAUCGAUCGUGAUGAUUUUUGACAGUUCGGCACGCGACGCACCCGCCAAAAUAAUCACCUGACAUAAUCCCAUACAGGAGUCAGCGUUGAUAGUUGUGAUAUUGCAUGAGACAAGGGGACUGCUUUCACUGGCGUCCCUGUUUGUUGUUGUGGGGGGGGGGGGUACAGUUGGGAUGUAAAGAGAGAGAGAGAG